UGGCAUUGUCAAAUCGUAAAACGUCAUUAACGUCAAAUUUAUCAAAACAAGACGUGAUUUUCCCGCGACAUCAAAACUUUGUGAGUGUUUUUAACACAAAAACUUUUCAUUAACAAUGAAUCCUACUGACUUGAAAAACUUUAUUGAAGCCUUGGACACGGUAAAGAAAGAUUACACAUGUGGAGUGUGCAAUAACAUAUGUAAAGAACCCGUAGUUUUGAAGAAAUGUUUUCAUCUUAUAUGCGCUGAACACACCGGUUUGAAACACUGCCCAACCUGCAAAAUACCUUUGGAUGACUGUGCCACGUACAUCGAUGACCAGCUAAGAGUAUCUAUAGACUCCGCUAAACAGUUAGACAAGAUAUUUGAGCAAUUCCGGCAAAAGGAACCUACCGUUACGUCGGCUAAGAAACCUACUAAGAACGACUCUGUCCCCGCGUCUGUUAAGAGCGCUGUCACUCUAUCUAGUGCUAAGAAGCCCCUGUCUGAUAAGACGAACUCUCGUCCGGACUUAAGCGAGACUAUAAACUCGAAUUUCAGCUCAAAAUUCAACAAAACAAAUGAAAAACGCAACAACAAAGGUGAAACAGCCCUCCAUAUUGUCUGCCGUCUCGGUAAGAUCGAUAGACUUAAGGAGUUACUGAGUUUAGGUGCUAAUACUAAUACUAAAGACAACGCUGGCUGGACACCUUUGCAUGAGGUCGUUCAAAACGGUCGAUUAGACCUUGUCAAGCUUUUACUACAGUAUAAUACCCUAAUAGAUGUGCCAGGACAAGGUAAUGAGACACCCCUACAUGAAGCCGUAAGAUACAACCAUGUAGAAAUCGCUGAAGAACUCGUAAAGCAUGGAGCUGAUAUGAACGCACGGAACUGCAAAGGAGAAACACCAUACCAACUCGCUUCGGUCGAUGUCAAGAACAGAUUACGACUUGCAAGUGAUAAUAUACUGCAAACGCAAAGCGUUAACGUUUCCCACAUUGCUGCUGUGUAUACGGAGAUAGAAAAUGAUGAUAUUCGCUUGUUUUGCGUGUCCCAGUACCGUAGUCUACUUAACAAGCUGAAAAUAUUAGCGAAACACCACAGCAAUGUUAAUAUUGAAGCUAAAUUUACAAAAAAGGUCACGCAUUUGAUUGUAGACACCGAAGACAGAGUAUGUAGUCCAAGUUUGGAUAUUUUGCAAGGAAUCGUCAGCAGCGUUUGGAUUAUAUCCUCAGAAUGGGCAACAAAGUCUACCGAAGAUCAUUUAGAACCUUUCGAGGAUUACGAAGUCCAAGGCGUCGGAACUAAAACGUAUAUGGGACCAAGAAACUCUCGUUUCAAUAAGUACAAGCAGUUACCGGGCAUUUUUAACGGCUGCCAUUUCUAUUUACAUAAUUUCAAUACUAAAUAUGAAAUUUCGAAGUCAAUUGUGCUAACGAAAGCUAUUUUAACAAAAUUGAUCACGGAUGCAGGUGGCAUAGUAUUACGAAGGGCACCAAACCCGGAAUUGAUACCGGAAAACGAGAAAUUGGUACCGUACCAUGCGAAAAAAGAUGGAAAGUUAGUGAACUGUUCCCAUUAUAUAAUAUUUAAAGAAAUGUAUGAGCCUAUGUAUAAUAUGCAGCAUUUGAAAGCUCUGCCAAUCGGUUGGUUGAUAGAAUGCAUUGAAAAAUAUGAAUUGUGUGAACCAUGGUAGCGUGUGCUUGGAAAUUACUGAAAAUAAUUGUUUAAGUAUCAUUUAAGUUGAAGAAUAUUUUGUUUUAAAUUUAUAAGCUCUCUAA